GGCCGCUGUGCCGCUCAAAAUGGCAGUGGCUACAUCAGAAGUGGUCGCACUACGAUUAUGACCAGCUCUAGUUCUACUUGUGGUCUCAAAAGCAACAAGAAAGACACCGAUUACCGUUUCAAUAACUUUUCGCAAAAACAAGGGCAGCAUGAACCUUUGAUGCUCCCGGAGUCCCUGCUGAACCAACCGCAAGAUCCGCAUUUGACCUGGGAGUCUUCCUUUUCCGGUGGGCACACCCCCGAUAGCCGAGAACGGGAGGAGAACGCAAUAGCGCACUACGAACGGCAGAAAAAUUUGUUUUUUCUCUCUCCGCCGCCGGUUACGGAGGUUUCUCGUUCUCCACAGAAGGCAACACGGAAGAACAUCUUUCAAGAUUUUUUUGACGCGCCGCCGAAGGAUCAUCAACU